CUGAGAAAGAAGCUGCUUCCUUUUCAGGAAAAGGGCAUCAUAUUUGCACUUCAGAGAAGUGGCAGGUGUAUGAUUGCUGAUGAGUGCCUUCCUCUCUGAGAUACCCUUGGGUGGAUGAGAUGGAGAAGUGGAUUCCAGAACUCUCUCCAGAUGACAUUAGCAUCAUUCAGAACAAAACUGAUAUUGGGGGAAUAUCAACAAGCAAGGUAACAAUUCUGGGGUAUGGGCUGUUAACAUCUGACGCACAGACUUUGGUAGACACUUUGUACAGGCAGAAGUUUAAGGUGGUUGUGAUUGAUGAGUCACACUAUAUGAAAUCCAGAAAUGCCACCCGUAGCAAGAUUUUACUGCCAAUUGUUCAGAAAGCUCUCAGAGCUGUUCUCCUUACUGGAACUCCUGCUCUAGGAAGACCUGAAGAGCUCUUCAUGCAGAUUGAGGCACUGUUUCCAAGAAGGUUUGGAACUUGGAAUGAAUAUGCUAAAAAAUACUGUGAUGCUCGUGUCAGGUUUUUUGGUAAAAGAAGGCAAUGGGAUUGUAGAGGAGCUUCAAACUUAGAGGAACUACAUCAACUUUUAAGUGAAAUAAUGAUCAGAAGACUGAAGAAUGACGUCCUAACUCAGUUGCCUCCCAAAGUCAGACAGCGUAUUCCAUUUGACCUCCCACAAGCUGCAGCAAAGAAUCUGAAUGCCACUUUUGCAGAGUGGGAGAAAUUAAUGAGAAGUCUGAGUUCAGAUGCCACUGAAAGCCACUUUUCUCAAGUCAUGAAUCUGAUCACACGCAUGUAUAAGGAAACAGCCAUUGCCAAGGCAGGAGCAGUCAAGGACUACAUCAAAAUGAUGCUUGACAAUGACAAACUGAAGUUCCUCGUCUUUGCCCAUCACCUGAGCAUGCUGCAAGCCUGCACAGAGGCAGUGAUAGAGAGCAAGGCUCGCUACAUCCGAAUAGAUGGGAGUGUUCCCUCUGCAGAGAGGAUUCACCUCGUCAAUCAGUUCCAGAAGGACCCCGAAACCCGCGUUGCUAUUUUGAGUAUUCAGGCAGCUGGUCAGGGUUUAACAUUCACUGCUGCCACUCACGUUGUGUUUGCUGAAUUAUAUUGGGAUCCAGGCCACAUUAAACAAGCAGAAGACAGAGCACACCGCAUUGGGCAGUGCAGCUCGGUGAACAUUCACUUCCUGAUUGCCAAAGGAACCAUGGACACCCUCAUGUGGGCAAUGCUCAACCGCAAGGCCAAAGUCACAGGCAGCACCUUGAAUGGCAAAAAAGAGAAAAUGCAGGCUGAAGAAGGUGAUAAGGACAAAUGGGAUUUUUUGAGUUUUGCUGAAACCUGGACCCCAAAUGAAAGUCUAGAAGAUCCCCAAAAUGAACUUUUAUUUACACAUUUUGAAAAGGACAGACAGCAUGACAUACGUUCCUUCUUUUCCCCCAAAUCCUCCACGGAGAAGAAACGCAAAAGAUUUUCUGGUGAUGAAUUGUUACAUAAUGAUUCAGAAUCUUCUGCAGUCACAAUAGAAGAGGAUGCAGAGAAGAGUGAUGAAAACUUGGAUUCCACAAGGAUAAGUGAGGUGGAGGCAAUUUGUGAUGAAGACACUUGUGAACAUGAAGCCAAAAGAGCAAAGAGCAUAAGUGGAUUGACCCCAGUCAGCUCCAGUAAUAAAAAGAAAGCAUCUUUGACUGGAAAAAAGCCUUCUUUGUUUUCAGAAAAAAACAGUCAACUUCGUCCUUGUGGCUUAAAUACUUCAAGUGAAAGUACAGCUUUAGAUAAAGUUUGGCACUGCAGUGCUUGCACUUACACUAACAAUGCUCUGCUGCCUUACUGUGAGAUGUGCCAUUGGCCCCAGAGCAGGGAUGGUGAGAGAAAUGGUGAAGCUCCCAGGAGCCAGACGGAAGAAGGUGUGUCAGAGGAGCUCAGGAGAGAUGGAGAGAGAGCAGAAGGCAGUGCUGAAGGCAGAAGAGGAAAUUUGGGGGAAUUGGAGGCCCAGAAAUCUCUUGAAAUCAGAGAACAGCAAACUGUUGGCACUGAAAAGGAAGAAAGCGAAAAAGAACGUGGAGAAGAUAAUUCAGACACAUUCCAAAUAUAUGAUGGGCUUAUGUUUUGUGCAAGCAGGAAUACUGAUAGAAUCCACCUCUAUACAAAGGAUGGUGAACCACUGAAUCAUAAUUUCAUUCCACUGGACAUACAGCUGGAUAACUGGGAAGAUUUACCAGAGACUUUCCAGAACAAAAAAAAUCGUGCAUUGAUCCUGAGGUUUGUGAGAGAAUGGACUCAUUUAACAGCAAUGAAACAGAAGAUUGUCAGAAAAAGUGGUCAGAUAUUCUGUAGUCCCAUUCAUGCUGCAGAGGAGCUGUCUAAAAAGCAGUCAGUGGGCAGCAGCACAAAGAGGUAUGUGACCAGGGAGGAUGUGGCAGCAGCCUCGCUCUCCAAGGCCAGCAGCAGCGGGGGCAGUGUUCGCCUCAUCUCCAAAGAAAUGGGGGCUUCUCUGGACAAAGGUGCUUCUUCUCCUAAAGCAUCCACAAAAUUGCUUUCAGAAACUGGAAAUGAUCCCUCAGCCCUUCCUCCGGGGCAGACUGAUGCUGGAGGCUCCUCCCUGUCCAAAGGGUAUCUGCAGGCCCUGGACAACCAGGGGACCCCGCUGUGUCUGAGCUGCCAGCAGCCAACAGCUCAGCCCCCGCCCGGCUGCCCCGCCUGGGACACGCGCUUCUGCUGCCACGCCUGCCAGGAGGACUUCUCCAUCCGCUCCAGCCAGAGCUACCUCCGCUCCAAGGUGUUCCAGAUCGAGCACGGCGUGUGCCAGUGCUGCCAGCACAAUGCCCAGGAGCUUUAUCUCAGCCUCAGGGAUGCACCCAGGAGCCACAGGAAGCAGCUUUUGGAGAGCUCUUGGAUGUCUCACCUUCCCCUUGGGCAGCUGAAUGAGAUGAUCAGGAGCCCGACGGAGGGGCAGUUCUGGCAGGUGGACCACAUCCAGCCCGUGUACAGCGGAGGAGGACAGUGCUCCCUGGAGAACCUUCAGACCCUGUGCACAGCCUGCCACAGGGAGAGAACUGCAAAACAGGCCAAGGAAAGAAGCCAGCUGAAGAGGAGGUCUUUAGCUACAAAGUAUGCCUGUGAUAUCACCAAAUUUUUGGUGAAGAAGUAAAAAGCACAAUACAUUCAGGUACAUCAUAUAGUUAGAGUUUUCCUCUUGCACUGAUUUAACAGAAAUUGAUGUUACCAUGCUGUUGGUAGAAAGAAGAAAAUAAGGAAUUAAACCAAAGAAAUUAUCUGUAACAUCCAAAGUACUUGAUCAUCAUGUUUUUUAAUGGCCCUGGUUUAAAGCUGAAUUUCUGUGUGUAACUUUAAUGCCAUUUUGAAGCAUUAUGGUUUCCUCUUGCAGGGUAGUUAGGGCUGCAAGAACUUAAGGAAGUUCUGUUGAACCUGCUGGUGGUAUUACAGAGUUCAAUUGUAUUGGGAACUUCAUGGACCUAGAAGAUGUCUUAGUUUUAAUUUCUUUUUGUUGCUCACAUACCGAAACCAGAGAAUAAAAUACAGUGAUUGUGACAACAACUAGCACAAGUGAUUUGUUUCCUCUAGUGCUGCUCACGCACAGGCUGACUCCUGGCAUGGACCUGACUUACAGGAUUUUGGCAUUUAGAAUUGAUGUCAGUUGAAUUCUGGUUUUAUUUAAACCAGCUUGUAUUGAAAUGUUACUCAGGAUAGGAAACAUUAAAUAUUAGCAAUUAUCAAAGGUGGUUUCUGGGAAAUGCUACAGUCAAAUUCUCCUUAAUGAGAUGGCAGAGAUACUGGUAAUUUUGGACUGCUUACCUGGCUUGCUUUAGUUACUUUAAAUAAAUACAGCUCUUUCUCCUGUA